CGCACAUGGCGGGGGGGCAGACGACACUUCUUGCGCCGCGACGGGCAGCAACCAGCAGGCUCAUCUGUCCAGGCUCAGGCUUGCCGGGCGCGUCCUGACGUCCAUGGAUGUUUGGCGUGGGAACGUCACGCUCUCCAUCGCAAAACCAUCGAAACCAAAGGAACCCAGGGCACCCUGGAGGCACGCAGGGUGCUUCUUGGCAUGGGCCUCCACCCUUCCGCCAGGGCAGACGACACUUCUUGCGCCGCGACGGGCAGCAACCAGCAGGCCCAUCGGUUCAGGCUCAGGCUUGCCGGGCGCGUCCUACUGGGAAGGGAGCAGGAAGAAGCGGGAUGCACUGAGCAGAACCGUGCACUGCACAGCCCCGCCCACCCCGAAGCUGGGGCAAGGAGAAACUGGAGAAGUCCGACUGCACCUGGAGUGGCCCUACAGAGAACAAAGCAUGCCGCGGCAGCUACGACCAGCCGUAACAACAAGCUGCGACUGGCCCUAACAACAAGUUACAAGCGAGCAACGGCCCGUCUGCGGCAUCUAUGGACGGCCGACUCAGUACCACAAUCAUCGCCCUCCGCCGAGAUCCUGUUCACGGGUCAGGCCAAUCCUGUCAAGGAUCCUCGAGGCGGUGGUUUUCGGCAGGGGGGCUGGGAGACAAGCUGCUGAGCAAAUCGGCGCGCAGGCCGGGACAGUAAACGAGAGCGGAUGGGGCAAGAGGGAGGAGGGGCAUGGGCAACGGGCAGGGGAGGACGCGGGGGGGGGAGGACAGAGAAAGGGAGAUCUUUUUAGGGUCCUUUAUUCAAAGUUUGGGGCCCACGUUUGCAUCGAUCUCAGACCUUGCAGAGACCGAGCGAGCAAAGUCAGCGAAGGAAAAAAGGUACCGAUACCGCCGUUCGUCCAUGGGGAAGUCCAGUUCUUGAAAACCAGCCCGCAGACGCGGCGCUCCAGCAUGGUGACGGUGCAGUUCUGCUCGGCGCGCACCAACUCCCGGACGCGGAUGGUGAUCGGCGCCUGCCGUUGGCGCAUGGCCGGGGUUUCCCAGCCGACGUCGCUGAAUUCUGCCAGCAUCAUGUCGGAGGUGCCGUCGACGCGGACCCUCGCAAUCGGGGAAGGAGUACGGUCUUGCCGUGGCCGCGUGCCAUGCGGUGGCGGCCUUGGUCCUGCACCUCCCCGGACGUACCCGAGCCCUGGUCCUCCGCCUCCUCCUUCUCAUCCACCAGCUCUGCCCCGUCGAUGGCGUGGCGCUCGGGAUCAGCGCCCAUCAAACCCGUGUCGAUGCCCACCCGAGCUGGAGGUUGGAAUUCCUUCCCGCACAUGUUUGUCACUGCCUGGUUCGCCGCCGCAGCCAUGAAGAAGCGCUUUUGGACGGGGAUGCCGUAGGUCUGAGCCCGAAUGGCUUGAACCAAACCCGCUAACGAGGCAAUCUUGAAGCCCUCUUGGGGCCUUCUUCUGGCCGUCUUGGGCGCCUCUUGGGCCG